GUCGAUGAUUUCGUCCUGCUGCCUGGUGGGGCCGCGCGCCUCGCCGGCUGCUGACGCGGGGGACCUGGGGGACCCGGCGCGCUUCCCUGGCCUGCGCGGGCCCACGGGCCAGAAGCUGGUGCGCUUCGGCGACGAGGACAUAACUUGGCAAGAUGAGCACUCGGCCCCAUUUUCCUGGGAAACAAGGAGUCAGAUGGAGUUCAGCAUCUCCUCCUUAUCCAUCCAGGAGCCCAGCACAGCUACCAUGACCAGUGAUCCCAGGCCCCUGGCCAAGGCUCCUCAGGGCACACAGGCUGCCAAGCCUGCCCAGAACAGCAGAUCCUCUAGCCUGGAUGCCCUAGGACCUUCGAGGAAAGAGGAGGAAGCAUCCUUCUGGAAGAUCAAUGCUGAGCGCUCUAGGGAGGGGCCUGAGGCCGAGUUCCAGUCUCUGACACCCAGCCAGAUCAAGUCCAUGGAGAAGGGAGAAAAAGUCAUGCCUGCUUGCUACCGCCAAGAACCCAUCACAAAAGACAGGGAGGUCAAGGCUCUACCCCAAGAACAGCAAACUCUCUCCACUGUAAGCACAGCGCAAGAGGUGCCCCAGCCUGUGCAAGCCCCUGCCAGCUUGGAGCCCAAGGCUACCCCCAUUGAGUCCCCAGAGAAGCCGCCACCUCCCACUGCCCAGCAGGAUGACGAAGACGAUGCUCUGUUCUCAGAGCCUGUGUUUGCGCAGAUCGGAUCAAGUAACACCCUCUUAAAGACGGGCUUUGAUUUUCUGGACAACUGGUAAACGGUGCUAUCCGGAAACAGCCAGGAGCCCCCGUGUGGCCCACGUGGUGUUCGGAGGAGAAGGCAGCUCUGCCUGUGUAUUUUCCUGUUUCCUCUGCCCUUUUCUUAGUCUUUCAGAAACUAGGAAAUGUUGCCAGGUUUUCUUCCUUCCUUCCUUCCUUCCUUCCUUCCUUCCUUCCUUCCUCCCUUCCUUCCUUCCUUCCUUCCUUCCUUUUUUUGGUAAAACCAAAUAGAUAAAUAUGCUAUUUUCAAGGAUUUGAUAACAAAUUUUACACUUGGGAUUUUUAAAGACAAGAAUCCAGUAAACCUUGUAAAUAAAACGUCUGUCCCCAGCUCCACCCCACUUCUUCCACCAAGGAGGUUCUUGGACCAAGCCACCGAGGGCCGCGCAGGCGGCCUUCUCUUUGCACCCUCCCAUUCCUUUCCACUGGGGGCUCCCUGGAUGGAGCUGGGCUGUUGACUGUCGCUGUGGAAGAUUCAUCCUUAGAAAUGGGCUCACCUGGACCCCUCCCGUUGCUGAAGCCACAUUUGGCAUUCUGUGCCCUUCCCCACCCCCGCAUCUAGGAAACAGACUGCUGGCAGGGGGUGGCAGGUGUCCGCUAAGUUGUCCUGGUGACUUACUCAGCGCUCUGGUUGUUUGAACGCCCCUUCCGGCUGGCAGGUUUUCUGUCAGCGUCUCGCUGUUUUGUAUGUGGCUGCAGCAGCUUCCUUGGUUCUGUGGAUUUUCUUCUGGAAGAUGUUGUAAGUGUCCGGCCAGUGCCCCAGUCCUGUCCUCUCCAGCAGUCAGGGCGGUGGCAGCGGUGCUGGAGAGCAGGGCGCUUCUGACUCACUGUGUUAGAACCUUCCAGCAAGAGACUGGAAGGCUUGACUGUUCUUUACCCCGGUUUGGUCAGCUGUAUCGUGAAGGCCUCUCCCCGAGACCUGACCACCUUCAAGUGAAAGAAGCCUUCCUGAUGGUUUCAGAAACUUCCCCUUGCAGCCCUGAGAGCUCACAGCAGCAAGGCUGGGUGAGGAACAUGAGCCUCACCCAAAUCUGCUCCCUGUUCUCCCCGCUGCCCUGCCACAGCCCCUGGACCACACGCAUCUGCAGGAGCUCACCAGAGUGAGCUCUGGGUGGCACAGUCUACCCUUUGCCGUCACUCCGUUCUCUUCACCUGAAGCCUUAAUCUCAAUGAGCCCCCUCCUCCGAGCGCCUGGUUUCAGUACCGACAGGUGUGACCUUAAUGCCCACGUCACAGGACUUCCUGAACUAACUUCUGGAAUAUCUGCUAGACCCUGCUUGCCAAGGCAGAGUGCACACAGCAACUGUCCCACCCUUGUCUCUUCCCCUGGGAAAACAUGCCAAAGCUGUACUUAGCCAAUAUUGAUGUACCUGCCAAUUAGCUUAUGUCCUAAGCCUCUCUUGGUCCCUAGGGUGUGGGUUUGCCUUCCUCCGGUGGCUUCUGACCAGUCAUCUUUCCGGACUGUCCCAGAGCAGUUGGAGGCCGAGGAGAAGAAAGGCUCUGGUACAACAAGGGUGAAAAUAACUCGCAAGCCACCACUGGUGCAGCCCACGCUGGCCCUGACUCUUGAGGAGGGGGGUCCAGCAUGGCUACCGUGUGCCUACCUCCCACCCCAGCGCAGUGGGUUGAUUUCAAGUCUGUGCACAUGUUUUCCUUCCGUGUAGGUCUAUGGUCCAUAGCAUGGGCACAGCAGGAAGGCAAAGGCUCAUCCUGGUCCCUUGACCAGCGCAAAACGUCUGCUCUCUCUGUGCAGACAUUUUCCCUUCUUCCCUGAUUCCCUUCUAGUUUCUCUAGUGAAAACAUGGAGAAGGCUGCGUGUAGGUACAAUGGUGUUUCUCAAGGAGGCCUCCCGAGAGCAGUUGGGAAGCUGGGCGGUGGUGGCACACACCUUUAAUCCCAGCAACUUGGGAGGCAGAAGCAGGCAGAUCUCGUGAGUUCGAAGCCAGCCUGGUCUACAGAGUGAGUGUCAGGACAGGCUCCAAAGCUACACAGAGAAACCCUAUCUUGAAAAACCAAAAACAAAAAAGCAAACAAACAGAAAGAACGGGUGGGAAGUCCCAGAUAGGGUGUCCAGGAGGGAUCCUAAAAGACCCACCUGACCUGGGCAUUGUCCUUGUGCCAGGGCAGACCAAGCUGGCUUCUUGGUCUCCCCCAGGGACUAUGUGACAGUGGCCAGGAGAUUAACCAGGUAUUUUCCACCUUCUCCUCCUCUGUCAUCAUGAUGAAAUACAACCGUCACUUCCCUUUAAAGCAAUUCUUCCUCUCAGGCCUGUGUAUGAUUUUGGUCUCCACCACACACCCAGGCUCAGUGCCUGGGAGGCGGCUCCAGGGCUCUGUGUCUUGCUCUUGGUGGCCAUAUUUGACAGAAGCUCUCAGGAACCUAGACUCUGCCUGUCUGGGUUGUCCCUGAGUCCCCGGCCCUCCUGGCUUGGACAUGCUCUGGUUAGGAGCAGCAGAGCCUGCCUCCUGGCCAGGUGCGUCCCUCAUGCCAGGGCCAGGAGUGGCCUUCUAUUCUUUACACCACCCUCUCCUUUGAUACAUAUUUUCAAAAUGGCAAAUUCUUACUGACGACUUGUAACUUUGUCCUAUUUUAUACUACUAGCCUUUAAUAAAGCCAUUUUAAAAAUGA